UUGGCAAUUAAACUACCAGUUCUAAUCCAUAACUAACCUGUGAUUAAGGUUACUGAUAAAGUGAUACCAUGAAUCAACACUGAUACAUCUUUUCCAUCUUUCAGUUGAAAUUCUCCAACUUGACAUAGGGAAUCCCAAAAAUGUAUUUUAAUUAAUAGCAUAAUAAUCUCUUUUAUAUUUAUAUACACUUCUUAUGGAUUGUUAAUUUCUAUUCAUUUUAGGUUAAUUUUUUCCAAGCAAGAGAAUUACAUUGAAUACCAAUGCACUGAAAAUGUGAUAUCUCAGCAGAUAAAAAAAAAAAAAAGUGAUAUCUCAACUUAAAAGCAAUUACAAAUUGAAAGAAAAAUACUAUUUUAUAAUACCUAUUAUUAUUUAUUUGCCAUUUUCCGAUUUAUCAUUUCACAUAGAGAAUUCCGGAUGGACGCUAUAACAAAGAAAUCUACAUGUAAUUGCAAGCCAAUUAAGGGUAUGUUUGGUAUGACUAUUAGGACUGCUAUUUAGAUAUGUAGUUUCUUAAAAAUAUUAUUUAGAAAAUAUUAAAAAAUAAAAAACACUAAAAUAACAAAACAGUUUUUUCUAAAGUGCUUUUAUAUUAUUUUAAAUGAUGCUUUUUUUUCAAAAAAAAAAAAAAAGAUUUGAACUCCCAAAUUCAAUGCCAAACACCCUCUAGGAAAUAAUUAUACAAUAUAUCCCUAUAUGAAGUCACCAGCCAAUAAAAUUUUAAUAAGUGCUUAUGUUCUAAUGGUUAUUUGCCUGCCAUUUUAAAUCCAAAGUCGACAAAGAAUCACCCGCUGCACCAUAAAAUUUCUAGCUGUAAUAUAAUUUUCUGAUGGGCAUGGGCAUGGGCAUGGCUAAUUAUAGGAAGAAGUUGGUUAAAGUUAAUUAAGCUAAACCAAAAGGUAGAAAACAAAACCACCGGACAAAAGCAAAGGAUGACAAAUAGAUAUGCCAAAAUUAACCAGAAAAACAAAACGUGUAAUUCAUCUUCUACUGAUAUCUCCAGUUUCUUUAAUGUUUCAAGCAAAAUUUCUAUCACCAUUGCUAGUUAUAGUAUAUAAAUGCAUAUAUAUUUGAGAUGCUGGAGGAGUUUAAAGAAAUGGGUGGUAGAAAUUAGCAAGAACAAGGGAGGGAGAAGAUUCAGGAGAAUGAAUUGUUUCGCUUGCUGUAGAUUGGAACACAAGCAUUCUUUUAAUCAAACCAUUGCAUACACCAGCAACACUUUCAAUAACAAUGGCCAUACAUUCUCCUUUUUCCUCAAGAACAUUUCGCGUAGAACUGUCAGCAAGAAGCAGAAACUUAUUGACGAGGAGGUAAUGAAAUUUGGAAAUGCAAAAGUUUCUGCUCAGGUGUUUUCAUACAAAGAACUUGCUGCAGCAACUGAGAAUUUUCACCCUGAUUUUGUUUUGGGAGAAGGUGGAUUUGGGAGAGUGUACAGAGGAUACAUUGAGAGAAUUCAUCAAGUUGUGGCCAUUAAGCAGCUUGACAGAAAUGGAAGGCAAGGGAGCAGAGAAUUUUUUUCAGAGAUUCUUAUGUUAAGCCUGGUUCAUAAUGCCAACCUUGUCAAAUUAAUUGGAUACUGUGUAGAUGGUGACCACAGAAUCCUGGUUUAUGAAUUAAUGCCAAAUGGGUCAUUAGAAAAUCACCUUCUUGAUUUAGAACCUGGAAAGAAGCCAUUGGAUUGGUAUUCUAGGAUGAGAAUAGCGGUUGGAGCAGCAAGAGGAUUGCAAUUCUUGCAUGAAUCCAAUCCACCGGUCAUCUUCAGAGAUUUCAAAGCAUCAAAUAUAUUAUUAGAUGAAGAUUUCAAUCCAAAGCUGUCAGAUUUUGGACUUGCUAAAUUAGGUCCAAUAGGAGAGAAGGAUCAUGUAUCAACAAGAGUUAUGGGUACCUAUGGCUACUGUGCUCCAGAAUAUCAAAGAACUGGUAAACUGACAAAAGCCUCUGAUGUUUACAGUUUUGGUGUUGUUUUUAUGGAGAUUAUUACAGGAAGGAGAGUUAUUGAUUCUGAAAGGCCAACUGAAGAGCAGAAUCUACUUGAUUGGGCUGAACCAUUGUUUAAAGACAAACACAAAUGUACAUCAAUUGUUGAUCCAUUGCUUGGAGGAAAUUUCCCAACUAAGGGUCUUCAUCAAGCUCUUGCAAUUGCAGGGUUGUGUCUCCAACAGGAAUCUGAUGUCAGACCUGUAAUGGCAGAUGUAGUGACUGCACUUGAAUUUCUUGCCAAUCCAAAGCUUGAGGAGAAGAUUGAUGAUGGUGCAUCAAAAAAAGCAAUUCCAUAUAUUGAUUCUGUGAAAGAAGCAAAUUUCAAUGCAAAUAUGGAAGCUUAAUAUUACAUCAUAAACAAAACAAACUUCAAUUAAGCUGCUUCUCCAGGACCUCCUAGUUGCUUGACAGGCUUGAUUGUUCGUGGCCU